AUGGAGAUGGAGAAGAGAAAAAGAUCUCAUAACGGCGAGGUCGACGGACGGAGGACGAGAGCGAAGGAAGGGAAAGGAGAUCUGACGGCGGAUCAGGCGGAAACAGAGACUACGGGGACGGCGACGGAGGAGGAGGUGGAGGAGUUUUUCGCUAUCCUUCGUCGGGUACGUGAAGUAGUAAGAUAUUUCGGAAAGGGAAAGAAUGGUGGAGGAGAAGAAGAAAUGAAGAGAGGAUCGGGGAAGGGAUGGAAUCCAUCGUUUCAAUGGGAGGAUUUCGAGGAUGUUCAAGGUAAACAAUGCGAUGGCGUUGUUAGUGAUAAGAAUAAGGAUAGCAAAAUUAAGGGAAGGGGUGGAGAGAAGAGAGAUGUUGAAGCUGUGGAGGAAAACCUGGUUCUCGAUCUUAACGCAGAGCCGGAAUCGUUGUCAGAUAUGAACUGA